AUGGGUUCGAAAAGGAAAGGAGGAAGCGGCGAUGGUAAAGAAUCCGGUGAAGGAAAAGAAAUGAUUACGGAUCCGAGGUUUUCGUCGGCGCACACUGACCCGAGAUUCCGUAGGGUUCCGAGGCGUGAGUCCAAAGUGACGAUUGAAGGGCGUGUUAACCGAUAA